UGUAGGCUAGGCUACUUGUACAUUUUAUUUGAUUCUUCUAGUUCGUAGUUUGAAUUUUUGCUCUAGUUUUUUACUUCUAUAAUUUCCACCUAUAGUUUAUGCUAGUAUUAUCCAGAUUGUUGGAGAGCAGAAGAUGGAAGAAGACGUAAGGGCCGUUGUUCUGGGAUGGCAGAAAUCUGACAAAGCCUCGGUGAUAAACAGCAUUUUAGGUGGUGAAGUUGCGUCUGACAAACACUUUGUGAAGUCUGUGAGGAACGACGGAGAAGCGAACGGACGGAGGAUAACUCUGAUUAACACGCCGUGCUGGUGGGAGAACUUCGGUUUGCAAGAUUCCCCAGAAGUCGUCAAACAGGAAUUGGUUUGCAGUGUCUUCCAGUGUCCGCCGGGACCUCAUGUCUUCCUACUGGUCAUUAAUCUCAGCUUGCCUUUCACUGAAGAGAACAGACUCAGCAUCGAGAAGCACUUCAGUCUGUUUGGUGAGGGAAUCUGGAGACACACUAUCGUGCUCUUCACACGAGCCCAUUCCCUGAAGGACAAAUACAGUGACCAGCCCAUGAAGAAUCCAGAUCUACAAAAGAUCAUACAGAGAUGUGGAGACAAAUAUCACAUAUUUGAUUUCAAAAACAAAAGUGAAGGAGUCAAAGAACUGCUUAUCAAGAUUAAUGAUGUUGUGGCAGAAAAUAAUGGCCAGCAUUUUGAAACACAUGAUGACAUGCUGCUAGAGAUGAAGAGCCAGAGAAAAAAAAAUGAAGAAAGUGCAGAAGCAAGACAAAAAGAGUUGCAGGAUAAAAGAGAUCUGCUCAAAGAAAUUGAAGAAGCCGUGGCUCCGCUCUAUAAACUGAGGAUCGUUCUGCUGGGUUGGAUUCUGUCUGGGAAGAGUGCAACCGCAAACACCAUCUUCAAUAACAAAUGUGAUGUAGAAAAAUCACAAACGGGCACAUAUUAUUCAGGUGAUGUAAACGGCAGAAAAAUAACGGUGUUGGACACCCCGAGCUGGUGGAAGUAUUUCUCCUCUAAAUUCAACCCGAAGUGUUCUCAGGCUACAACAACCCUGGAGAGCAUGAGCCAAUCACAACACAUGCGGUUCCCUCACGCCCUGAUCUUGACGAUUCCUAUUGAUACUUCAUUCAAGGAUGAACAGAAAAGAAUCAUUAAAGAUCGCAUGGCCAUUCUUGGAGAAGACGUCUGGAGACACACUAUAGUUCUGUUCACGUGGGGCGACAGGUUUCCAGACAUCUCGAUCGAGCAGCACAUCGAGAGCGAAGGGGAAGCGCUUCAGUGGCUGAUCCAGAAAUGCAGGAACAGAUAUCAUGUGUUCGACAACACAGACAAGAGUCGAUCUCAAGUCACGGAGCUGCUCCAGAAGAUCGACGAGAUGGUGGCAGAAAACAGUCUGUUCAGUCUCGAAAAUCAAUCUGCCGUUCGUGUGUCUGACACACAACACGACGAGGAAAAAACUCUGAACACUGACCACCAGUUACUGAAACUGAUGUACCAGGAGAUGAAGAACAGGCGUGAAGAGAUCAGAACAAAGCUAGAAGAAUUAGGGAUAACCUUAGAUAUAGCAGACAAAUGGAGCAUAGGACAACCUCCAGAUUUGUCGAAUGAUGAUGAACUGAAGGAGAAGAUGAGGAGAGAAGUAUCAAGAUGGGAAGCAAUUAUAAUGGAUGGGAUGGUGAACAUUCUGAAUCCCGAAGCAUCAUAUGGUGAAACGAAUCUAAUGGUGAUGAACUGGCUCCAGAAAUGUGAGGAAUACAGCACAUCUAAAACAUCAGGAUAUGACACAAACUCAGAAUCCAGAGAUCUGGAAGAUCCACAGAACCCAGAGACGUCAGAUAAUGCAUCCAAACUUCAAACAAUGCAUUCCUAAAAAACAGUUUGCAUUUAUAUGUUAAAUAUGUGUUUUCUAGUGUUUUCUUGUAAACUUUGCAAUUAUAUGUGUUUAUAAAACUUUUUAUAAAACUAUAAAAUUAUAAAACUAUGUGUUUUCUAGUUAUUAAUAUGUUCGAGUUCCUAGAGCUCUUUCUGUGUGAUUUUAGGGAAAAAUCUGAUCUAUUGGAGACGUCAAAAACAUUACUUAGACGCGCCAAAGAGCAGUACAAUCAACAAAAAUAUGAUACACCAGUGUUUUGCCAGAUGAGACGUUUAUCUAUGUAUAUAUUUUUUUACUCUUUUAAUUCCCUUUUUACAACUGUUUUAAAUUCCCUUGCUUUUAUUUUGAUAUUGUUGUAUAAUAUUGAAAUAUAUAAUAUAUAGGCUAUAUAUUAUAGUCUAUAAACAUUAUUAUAGCCGACACUUUAAUUUACCAUUGUGUGAAAAAUGUACUUAUAAAUAAACUUGCCUUGCCUUGAUAAAUUCAAUUAUAAUAUAAAGUAAUUACUGCUUAUGUAAUUUAUCAGCAAAGUAUGGUUUUGAUGUCUGUGUAAUGUAUAAUGCUGAUUUAACUUUAUACAUAAUUGCAUUUCAUCAAGUUAAAAAUAAAGAAAUUGUUGAGAUUUCA